AUGCCGCAAGUUCUCAACCGAGAGGCAAUUUAUAACUUCCUACUUGAUAGUAUAGACGACAGAGUUUCUAUAGAAGGUUUCGCAUAUGAACCUAUCAAGUUAGGAGGGAUGUACUGGUCUUUAACGGCCAUUGCAUUAUUAAAGGGCAAAAUAAAUGAUAUCGUACACCCAAAAGCCAACAAAACACUCGAAAGUAUGGCCAUUGAGAUACUUGAAAGAGCAAAAAACAGCAAUGGAGCCUUUGGGUUUGCACCUAAGCAUUCAUCCAAUCUUAUCGCAACACACUAUGGUAUAUUGGUGCUAGGGCUACUGGAUAAGUUGGAGCUGCUAGAUAGAGAAGGGAUCAUUGAAUUUAUUGCAAAUUUACAGAACAAAGAUGGAAGUUUUAGUGCGGAUCAGUUUGGAGAAGCAGAUUGCAGGCAUUCGUACAGUGCAAUAGUCUGUCUGCAUAUUCUAAACGGUCUGGACAAAAUUGAUCUAUCAAGCGCAAUUUCGUUCAUUCUAUCAUGCAAAAAUUUUGAUGGUGGAUUCGGCUGGCAACCAAAAACUGAAUCGCAUGCUGCGGCUGCGUUCUGUUGUAUCGGCGCUCUCUCCGUCCUAGAGGCUGUAUAUCUCGUAGAUCGCGACAAGUUGGGGUUUUGGUUGGCAGAAAGGCAGACAAAAAGUGGAGGAUUUAAUGGUCGCCCAGAAAAGGCCCCUGAUAUAUGCUACUCUUGGUGGAUAUUAUCUGCUCUUUGUAACAUUGAUAGAGUAGAGUGGAUAUGCGGCGAAAAGUUGAUAGAAUUCAUACUGGAAUCACAAAAUGAAAAUGAUGGAGGAAUCGCAUUCUUUCCCGGCUACAUGGGAGAUAUUUGUCACACAUUCUUUGCUCUCUGCGGCAUUGCAUUGAUAAAUAACAAAGAGUACAAUUUGCAACCGGUUCAUCCUAUAUACGCCACAACAAUGGAAACCGCAAACAGGCUACUCAAAUAUCAAUCAUAA